UUCUUACAGCGCCAAGAUGGCAACCUACUGGACUGAUCACAAGCAUGAGAUCAUAGUAUGGAGUAUCGUUGGCGUCCUGCUGUUGGUGUUCCUCUUCUGGUGCUUUCAUUCAAAACCCAUCAUCAACAUACAGCCGGAAACCCCAGCGCUACGACCUCAGCAACACCCUGCUAGAGAUGACAUCGAGCUUGCGUCUCCUCCACGAGCCUUCCUCCCUGCACCAUUCAACCCCCCUAUCAACAUAAUGUUCGGCAUGGACACAAUCUUGUACAUCGCCGUCCUUUAUGGCAUCUUCCUCGCCAUACCACUGCUCUUCUUCAUCCUCUACAUCAUCUUCAAGACUUCAGAAUGCGAAAGGGAGGAGAUUUUCAAGGAAGGAAUGAAGAGGAAAGCGAGGGAGCUGGAUUGGGAAAAGAAAAAUGCCGUCAAGAGCGAGACGAUGCCGAUGUCUGCUAUGUAA